UUUUUCACCUACUCUAACAAACACUAUAGGUAGCUAGCUAGUACUAAUAUUAAUAAUUUGUCCCCAUUUACACCAAACAUAUUCACGUUCUUCUUUCUUUUUCUUUUUUUGAAAUAGACAAAUUCAUCAUAGCACGGUAAUAAACGAAUCAUAAUAAAUAGGCUGAACUUGACACUCCAAUUCAUCAUAAGAUUUCAAGACCUUAGAAAGAGAAGGAAAAAAAAAACUUGUGUUUCUUGGGAAGCCAUGAGCACCACCGAGAGUCAAAGAUAUAAGGGCACAGUGAAAUGGUUCAACGAGGAGAAGGGUUUCGGUUUCAUAACUCCCGAAGAUGGUGGCUCUGAUCUCUUCGUUCACUACAGUGCGAUCCAAACCGACGGCGGCUUCCGCACCUUGUCGGAGGGUCAGUCAGUAGAGUUCCUCGUCACUCAGGACGACAGCGGGCGAGCCGCGGCCGUCAACGUGACGACCACCACGGUUAAAUCUAGUGACAGCGGUAACGGGGAAAACUCUGGUGGUGAUGCUGCCAAUGUUGAGAAAUAAGUGAGAAUGAAUUAUUGGAGUUUCCUGAAUUGCGAGUAUGAUAUUUAUAUUGAUAGUUGGACAAUAUACUAGUCCAUUGGUAUUUUAUAUUUUAUUAUAUUAUCUCUGGUUAUUGGCAUUUGGUUCCAAACUUGUAAUACAUUUAUCAUGUGUUUAACGUGGUUAUGUAGUAAGUUGUUGGAUGUGUCGAAUUAAUGUCAAAUAAAAAUAUAUUUAUAUUAUUUUUAAA